UUUUACUUAUAAAUUUCGAAUUUCGACGCUGUGUGGCGCUAGUUUACUGUACUUGAAUCUAAGAGUACAGCCUGUUUUAUGAAUCAACAUUAAAUCUCGUAAACAUGGCGCACUUCGGCAUUAUAACAUUUCAUGGCAUACCUUUUUCACUUGCAAUUUAUAAUUUAUCGUAGUUUUUUACUUGAUGCGAAUACAUUCUCUUCAGCGUAUUAAACCGAUAUGGGGCUUUAUGGAAUUUACAUUUUUGUGGGUGUCCUAUGGAUUAUGGAAACCUUACAAGGUACACAGCUAGAUUCACCCAAAAUUCCCCCUAUUGUUUUUCCGCCCAAUGUUCGAAGUGGAUUAUCAACUAAAGCAAUGUGCACUGUAGAAAAGGGUAGCAAGCCGCUGGAAUUCAGAUGGAAAUAUAAUAGCAGAGAAAUUGAAAAUUUUGAUUCAGCUACUUUAGUGACUACAUACGAAGAUGUCUCAAUAUUAAACAUCGAUCCUGUCUCUGCCAAACAUAAUGGCAAUUAUGCAUGCAUUGUUAGGAAUUCUGUAGGAGAAGAUAGCUUUACAACUGUGCUCGUCGUUCAAGAGCCAACAACUUGGGUGAAAGAGCCUGAUGAUAAAGAAGUUUUGUAAGGCAACUCAUUCAUUCUUUAUUGCAAUGCAACGGGGCUGCCAUUACCAAAUAUCGUGUGGUAUAAAUAUACUAGUGUGGAUGGAUCAUUUACAAAUGGCAGUAAGUCCAAAAUAGUUACAUCUGACGACGGAACACUGUCAGUUACCAGUGUAGCUUUGAAGGAUGCUGGGAAAUAUGAAUGUGAAGCCAGUAAUGGUCUUGGCAGCCCUCUCAAAAAAAUCAUCACUGUCAAG